AUAAGGUAAACAAACAUAUAGGAAAACGCUUUUGUCCAUUUUGGGUUCUUUUGGUAGCGCAUACUUUUCUACUAUUCUUUGUGCCCUGUGCCACUACGAAGCGUCUAACAGGAUUUUGAUAAGCUAAGAAGGGGCAGAUAUGUCUGGAAUCAUAGGUCGAACAAUGGCCAGCAGAAAGAUUUCUGCUUUGAAUCAGUUCUUGAUGGGAAGCAGGGUAUUUGCAUCUAGAACUUAUUCUUCGUCAGCUAAAGAGAUGACAGUGCGUGACGCGCUAAAUUCAGCUCUAGAUGAAGAAAUGUCUGCGGAUCCUAAGGUCUUUGUUAUGGGAGAAGAGGUUGGUGAGUACCAAGGAGCCUAUAAGAUUACGAAGGGGCUUCUGGAUAAAUAUGGUCCGGAAAGGGUUCUUGAUACACCAAUUACUGAGGCUGGGUUUGCUGGAAUUGGAGUUGGUGCAGCAUACCAUGGUCUAAAGCCCAUAAUCGAAUUCAUGACAUUUAACUUUUCCAUGCAGGCAAUUGACCAUAUCAUCAAUUCUGCUGCAAAAUCAAAUUAUAUGUCUGCUGGCCAGAUAUCUGUGCCCAUUGUUUUCAGGGGUCCUAAUGGUGCUGCAGCUGGUGUCGGUGCCCAACAUUCUCAGUGCUAUGCAGCAUGGUUUGGUUCCUGUCCAGGAUUAAAGGUACUAGCUCCAUACUCUUCCGAAGAUGCUCGUGGCUUGCUCAAAGCUGCUAUCAGGGAUCCCGAUCCAGUUGUGUUUCUAGAAAAUGAAUUGCUAUAUGGUGAGUCUUUCCCUGUUUCAGCAGAAGCUCUUGAUUCUAGUUUCUGUCUUCCCAUCGGAAAAGCUAAGAUAGAACGCGAAGGAAAGGAUGUGACAAUCACUGCCUUCUCAAAGAUGGUUGGCUAUGCUCUUCAGGCUGCUGAAAUUCUUACUAAGGAAGGAAUUAGUGCUGAGGUUAUAAAUCUGCGCUCGAUCCGACCACUUGAUAGACCCGCCAUUAAUGCAUCUGUGAGGAAAACCAACAGACUUGUAACUGUUGAAGAAGGAUUCCCACAACAUGGCGUUGGCGCUGAGAUCUGUGCAUCUGUGGUUGAGGAGAGCUUUGAGUAUCUUGAUGCACCAGUUGAGAGGAUAACAGGUGCUGAUGUUCCUAUGCCAUACGCAGCUAAUCUUGAAAGAAUGGCUGUUCCACAGGUAGAAGACAUUAUUCGCGCAGCAAAGAGGGCCUGUUACCGAUCAAGUACCUAAAUUAGAGUUCCAAAUGCUGCGUAGGCUUUGGUCCAACAAGAUCUUGUUGUUCCAAGCAUUUACCUCCUUUUUGUGGAUAUCGAUUCUUUAUCCGCCUGUGAGUGGAUGCUUCUGUUUUUGCCAUCUUCUGGAAAGUUUAGUUGACUGUAAAAACAGCUAAACUGUAAACUAAAUUAGCAGAGGAAAUCUGCCGCCAGAUAUUUCAACAUACAAGGAUAUAACACUUGUCGAGAAUAAAAUUUUCAGCUUCUAUGGCCUUCUCUGUGAUACUUUCAGGAAAACAUUCUAUCAGAAAAUACAUACGUUCUGGGAAGUAUCAAAAUCCAAUGCAACUGUUUUUUUUCCUUCUUUGUCCAGUCGUAUCUCAAUUGUUGUUGCUAUAAAUUGUUCAAGGGAACACCAACUCUACGUGGACAGACGAUAUAGAUUUUUCACUUUUA